AACCGUUAGAGGGUGUUUCCAAAAGAAAAUGUAGAAAGUAAAGUGUAGAUCACAUUAUUUCCCUCAUUACAGGCAACUGGACUUGUUACAAAUUCAGGCACUAAUUCUUGGGCACCAACCAUCAUCAACUGAGGAUGGCCAACAUUAAAGAACAACUUCUCAACACUCUAAAUGAACUGGAGACAAAAGACCUGAAGUUAUUCCAGUGGCAUCUGAAUAAUGGAGUGGAAGGUUUCCCCGCUAUCCCAAAAUCUCAGCUGGAGAAAUCUGACAGACCUGACACUGUGGACAAGGUGGUGCAGAAAUAUGGCCAAGAUAAAGCUGUAGAGAUCACACUGAUCAUCCUGAAGAAGAUGAACCACAACCAACUGGCUGAGACCCUGAGGACUAAACACAGUGAAAAUAAAAACACUGGUUGCCACAGAAACAGUAGCUGCCAUCACACGCAGAAGAUGGAUAAUUCGUUUAAGCAGGAGGCAGAUGAGACACGGCUGGGAAAGGAUGCUGCCCUGCUGAAAACUGAAAAUGAUGAACAUGUUUUCAAGUUCUGUUAUGAAUCAAAUACAUAUGUAGUAACCUGUAAGACAUCUGUGACUGUACUGGAGGCUCUUUUAAAAAACUCAUCUUUUAAACAGUUUUAUGAUAAAAAUGAGCAGAAGUAUGUGGUGAUCCGUAGAGAGGAAACACCCAGAGGAGCUGUGACCUCAGACUUCCCCUGCUGUCUGAUUCAUGAGAAUGAGGUUCUGGACAUAACCUUCAUUAAAACAGACAAAAACAGCAGUACAACAAACCAAACCACUAUCACCCAAUCAGAUAUGACUAACCCUCACAACUUUGUUACCUUUAACAUCAAAACAAAAGAUGGCAAAGGUAUCCGAAAACUGAUGAAAAUCAAGGAACUGACAAGGCAAGAGGUAGAAGAUGUUUGUGUAUAUGCCAUCAAAGGAGAAAAGAUAAAGAAAGCUCUUAAACGUGAUGGGAGGUUUGAAAAUGUCAUAUUUGAAAAGCGCUGUGCUCUCUCUGACCAGGACAAUAAGGACAUUACCAACAUGUCAAACACUGUCGACCAUCUGCAUGGAAAACAUUUCCAGGUUAUUGUUCUAGACAACCAACCACAUAGUCCAGAUUCUAGUCAGGAGUUUGAGCCAGUGAAGAAUGAACCUUUUGAUGUAUCCAAAAGUCCUCAGUCAGAAAAUGCAGGUGCUGUUAGCAUUCAACAGCAGGAGAGCUCAAACAUAACCCAAAUCCAAGAUCAAAAAAUCCCAGACUCAGAAGAGAUCCUGAAUCUUCUGCGAGAUCAGUUUCAAGGUUUUUUGAAGAAGCUGAAUGAGGGGGCAAGGCUCAUUGAGCUGCAGAGCAUCAUCAGGGAGGAGUACGACAAAAGCGCCCAGAGUUUCAAUGAGAUAAAGAUCAUAAAACAAUUAAUGAAACUGUCUGACUCUGUCUGCAAGAUCAAGGUGGAAGGAUGUGGAAGAGGAACUGGAUUUCUGCUGUUUGACAGGUUCAUCCUCACUAAUGCACAUGUUGUUGGGCCCCGUGUCCCAGUGACCCUAAACCUGCAAAACCGCAUAACUGCUGUAUUUGAAUUUGAGGAUUUGGAACUGCCAGUUAAUGAAAUAAUGCCAGUGAAGGAGAGAAUACCAGGGAAGGAGAGAAUACCACUGGAACUACCAGUGAAUGAGACCCCAGUUUCCUACUAUUAUGGGAAAAAUGACAUGGGGCUGCAUCUGGACUUUGUACUGCUGGAACUAAGCAGUGAAGCAAAACUUCCUGGUUGUCCUGAGUUGCUUAGCAGAUAUAGUACCCCUCCCUUGAGGGGUGGGAUCUGCAUAGUUGGACACCCCGAUGGCGGGGAUAAGAAAAUGGACCCCUGUUUCAUAAUUCCAAAAGAGGCUGUUCAUUCUUCUGCAGACAGACAUGUUGCUGAGAACAAGGAUUUCUUUCAUGUCAUAACACAGACGUGUUAUAAAGAGAAGUGGCAAGUUCAAGAUUCUCAGAUCACUUACAAUUCCUGUUUCUUCCAUGGAUCAUCUGGCUCUCCAGUCUUUGAUAAAUUCUGCAAUCUGAUUGGUGUUCACACUGGUGGUUAUGCUUACAAAGGAGCAGGAGGGAAGACGAGAAGUGUGAUGGAGUACGCCUUCCCCAUGCUGCCCAUUCUGGUGUGUAUCAUCACACAGUGCAGGCAGUCAGGAAGAUCUGAUGUUAUUCAACGCUUUGAGUCUCAGAACAACACGAAAUAUGUGCUUUGUAUGGCAAAUACAAAUCAACAGAAUCAAGUCAUUUAGUCAGACAGUAAUGAGGCUUGUUAAUCGGCAGUUUACCAUAUGUUGUAGUACCUUCUCUCCGAUUACAAUUUCUUACUACAGGAAGGUCCCAUGAAAGGCAACAAGAAUCAACUCUCUUUCACUUGCUGACAGUUCUGAGUUCCCUUCCAGCUGAAAGGCACAUAUGUAGUUGCUUUAAUUAAAUUCAUUCAUAUUAAAUCUUACAAACUUAUUAAAAUGAUCAUUUUGUGCAAACACGUACUUUCAAGGUUUCGAGGCCAGCAGGGGUUGGUCAGUCCCUGGCAGGCCACCAUCCUACAGAUAGUGUUUUCUCACUUAAGACUUUAACUCAAAGGCAUUUCUGAUUGGCUGAUGACUUGCAGAUGUCAAGAGGUAGAAUGCCAAACUGUCAUUGACCAGGGACUGAACUUGACACCUAUAUAACGGGACACAUGCUCACAGACUAUACUGUACCAACAACAAGAUGAAUAACAAUUCUAAAAUUUGUCCAGUUUGCAUAAUUCACACCAUCUUAAUUCUCUCAUGAAGAUCAAGAUCAGGACAGAUUUCGAUAACUGCAGUUUCAACUUUGCCUCCAGAAAGAAUGUGAAUAACAGCAGGGCUAAGCCCUGACAAAACAGGACCUACAUGAAAAAAGCAGCAGCCAGUCAUUCUGCCUGCUAUCAGAAACAGAUCACUCUCAACCAGGAAUGCUGAUGGUGAAGGUACAAGGUGGUCUGGCUCUCCAUCAAACAGCCAUGUGACACGUGCAUGUCCUAGACAGAGAGAAGAAAAGGUACAUACUGUAUAUUUAGAGGAUCUGUGAUCAGACACAACAGCUGACAAACUGUAGAGUAAAUGUGUAUCUAACAAAAUAACAUUAAUUGGACAAUGCAGAAUAUACCAAUAAUGCAGCUUUAAUACAAUCCUCAUCACACUAGAGUUGACAUAUCGAAGUUCAAAUGAAAUCAGAAUUUCAGUUUUUGCAUAAUCCAUAUUAUAUUAUUAUAUUUUCUUAUUUGGAAAAUAAGAAUCUGUUAACUCACCAAUGGCAGGAUCACCUAGAAAGUAUAAAAUAUUGUAAACAUGCUUGAUUACUGUCACGGAACACUCGCCUCCCCCGAGUCACAUGGUUUGGCCCGCCACUUG